CCGAGGGAGGAGAAAAAGCCGCCGCUGGAAGAUGGAAAUAUCCCUGCCCUCCAUGAAUUCCAUGUUAAUCAGUUUACAGGCAGGAGGUCACCUUUACUUGGUAGAUACGUUAGUAGGAGAUCCAGAGGUUCUGCAAGUAGAUGCUGAAACAUACUAUGAAAAGCUCUUGAGGAAAUCAUCAUCCACUCCUGAUGUUUUUUCGAUCCCUGGACGAGAAGAGGUUAAACUUGAAGAUUCCUGUGUGUGUUUUGUCCCUCUCUACCGAAAUAAUCCUACUUCCAAAAUGUUGCUGUUAACUGAUCCAAAGGAUAAAGAGACAGUUUUGGCAGUUUAUUUGAACCAGUGUUGGUGGCCUGUUGAAGAUGUAGUAAAGACAGCUGAUCCUUCUAGAGAUGGGCUGAUUUCGGUCCAGACAUUUGGAGAAAGGAUUGUCCUCUUUGUUCUAAACUACAUUAUUUUUGGAAUGCUGGAAGAGAGUUCAGCUAAUGAUGCAUUCUUUCUACCUCACUCUGCCACCGAGUGUGCCAAGAUACUCUGGAGAAAUGGGGAGGCUGUUGCCUUUUACUCAGUCAAGAUGAAAGGGAGCCUGUGUGAUGGUACAACCAGUCAGUGUUACUUGCUGCCAGUUCUGGAUACUAUAUUCGUUCGCAGAAAGUACAGAAGAGGUGGCCUAGGGAUGAAAAUGCUGCAUGAUUUCUGUCAGUCUUUCCUGGCUGAGGAUGCCUUGGGGAUCAGCUGCCCUAUUUCUGCUGCUAUGUAUCAAGUUUGCCAGAAAUUCCUGCAGACUUAUCCUGAGGAGCAGAAGCGACUGUGGGAGGUGGAAGCACCAGGAGAUUGGAGCCAAAGAGUGAAUAUCUGGUUAAAAAUUCAAAUGGAGUCAUCCCCUGCUGGAACUCACUUUACUAAUGGCAAUUGAAAAGAGCUACAGUCAGAUCAGCAAACUGAAAGUGGAUCCUUGAGAAGACUAUACUUUCUUUCUUCUUUUUACUGUCUUCUACAAAACCAAAGAGAAACAACCCAAACUAUAGGUAAAUAUAAUUCCAGCAGAGUGGCCGUCAGUAAAAAAUACAUGUGAGGCCAGGAAACUGCCUUGGCCAUUUCUGCACGUAAAUGAGAUACCUCCUAUCUACAAAAAGAGGAAGGAGGACAAGUAUAAACCAGAAAUGGGGGAGGGUUUGCAUAUAUGGAUUUUGAAUUGCAGUGUGAUCUUUAUAGUGGAAGGGAGCAGAAGCAAGUGAAUUUGGAACUAAAAUAUAUAAUAAAAAUCUGCUUGUUUUAUUAUAUUCUCCACUUUGGUGCACAGCACACUAGCCAUCACUUUCCUUUACACUGAAUGUGCUGAACAGGCUUUAUUUCAUCCGUCUUCAGUGGAACAUCGACCUACUAUAAAAACAGUAUGUAAAACAGUGUAAUGCAUUUAUUAUAUCUGUUUUACAUAUAGAAUCUACUUCUGUGCUUCUUGUGCUUGUAUUAGCUCAGUAGUGUGCAUAUACUGUACCCAGGGGAAUACCAAGGAUCAGUACAGGAUCAGUACCACAGAGAGGUUCCCUGAUUUUGCUUUGACCUAAAGGCAGUUUAUUCCUUCCUUUGGGACAGGAGAGUAGCUCUGUCUGGUAGUUGCUGAGGAAACAACAAGAGUAUUUUCUAUCUGUUAGUAGUAGAUAAGGCAGAGAUAUUUUCUAAGUGCAGGAAUCCUUUAUCAUCUGACCUGGCAUGCUGCUCACCAUUCGUGUGAAGAGAAGCUUGUGUUUCCAGAGUUGUGGGAUAGGCAGAGGGAGAGGAAAAGGAUGUGGCAUGGAAUGGAAACUGUAGGAGGUGUGAGCUUACCUGUUCCAUAUGCACGUGGCCAUUUGGAUCUUUAGGAUGUCAGUUCGGAACAAAGUGCUUCAUCCCUACUUGCUCAGUUAUGUAGAAAGCAAAACACAAUGUAAUUCAAUGUUGUCAGCUCCAAUCUGGAUCUAUGGCAACAACCACAAAAAUAGACAAGUCUUAUUCUGCUCUGAUUUCUUACAUCCCUCUUGACAUUUGCAGUGCUGCAAAAUGGAAUAGAAUUAUUGAGAAGAAAAAUUGAAAGUUCUGCUCAUAUUACAUUUCCCCCCCAGUACUCAGGAUUUAAUCCUAUUAAUGUUGUUGUAAGAAUUCUGCAAUCAUAGAUAUUCCAAAAAAGAUUUCUGUAACCCUCAGGUGAGGAUUUUAAAUUAGGUUUAUAAAAGGUUAUGUGGCUGCAUCUAGUGGCAGUACAGCUAAACUGCAGCUCUCUGUUUACUGAGCUGAUACUUCAGUUGGGAUGUUCACAGGUACAUAGACAUUCACAUAUAUUUGUCUGCAUGUAUACAUACAUCUAUAAAAAAUAAAGCUCUGUAGCAUUUUGUUACAUAUAGCUGCAAUUUUUCAUUUUGAAUUAAUUUUUACUGCUUGAAAAAUGGAGAGAUUUAUUUACAGAAAAUAGUCUCAGUAACAGGAGCAUAGUGACAUUUCUCCUCUAGGGCUGAUUAGAGGAACAUAAAUCAUUUAACAUGAUUUGCUCCUAGUUGCUAAAUCUACCAGGCAGUGAAUUGGGCUGUUUUGAAGUAGUUCAGUCAUAUACAUAAAGCAUGUAAAAGUAAAGCUAAUGCAAAAAAUAAGCAGACUGGGCAAGAAUUUGAUCAGAGUAUCUGCAUUUUCUGAAAGAAAGAGAUACGGCUUUUCUUAGUAUGAGAGAUUAAUGGAUGAUUUAUUCAGCAGAACUUUAAAGCUAAGAAAGACCAAGAGACAUUUUCUUUAUAGUACAGUUUUUCACCUUAGUCUUUUGUAGUAGUGUCGUUGGGCACCCUGGUUAGGUUAGUUGACUAAAGCAAGGCAGAAGGGGCUGAAGGUAGCAUUCAGGUGGCUUUUUCUGUUGUGUUUUUUGAAUAAAAAUUCCCUUGGAAGUCUCCUAACAUUUUUUCCUUGUUAAUCACAUUCUGGGGCACACCUGUUUGCCCCAUUU